AUGCUACUUCAAAGCUUUCAGCUCGCCCGCGGCAUCGGAUACAAACUUCGCGUGACUAAUGCGACUGGCUUUGAAUGGGAUCCCGAGAACUUCAAGGUUGCUGCCGUCCGGAAACCCCCGGUUGGAUUUGUUUACCAUGCCCUCUCCGACGAAUCGACUUGGUGGAACUACGACCUCAACGCAACCAUCGCUCAGUCGGUUGAAAUGAUACACCAGGCCGCGGCCGAGGGCACCAAAUUUAUCGCCUUCCCGGAACUCUACUUCCCUGGCUACCCUGCCUUCCGCACUCCCAACGGCCCCAAGGACUUCGAGCAAUAUGUGUCGCAGACCAUGGAACCCGACAGCCCGGAAUGGAACACGCUCAUGCAGGCCUUUGCCGACACCAAAAUGUACGGCGUUGUUGGCUGGGCCCAGAGGGCCAAUGACUCGCUUUUCAUGACCCAGAGUCUGGUUGGCCCCUUGGCCAAAGGUUCCGCCGGAACAAUUUGGAAACAUGAGAAGUUCCGUCCCUCUGGCACAGAGCGCUCCCUCUAUUCCGAUGGCCUCCUCGACACAAUCCGCGCGCAAAAGCUCCCCUUCGGCACCGUCUCCAUGCUUCAAUGCUGGGAGCACGUAUAUCCCGAAUCCCACUUUGUCGGUUCUGCCCAGCCUGCCAACCUUCACGUUGCCUCCUUCCCAUUCGGCAAUGACGUCCCCGAAGCAGACGGUGCAGCUACUCCCUAUGCUUACUGGCGUGCCGCGGCGAUCGGAUACAAAGCCGGCGCUGCUGGGUCGCCCGUCAUGAUUCUUCCCACCGCCGGUGCCGCGACGAUCUUUGCCGCCCAGGGCUCCCCGAUCAAUGAGUCGCUUUCUAAUUCCAAAGAAUCGACCGAUUCAAUGCCGUACAUUACCGCUGUCUAUAACACGACUGCGUUGUGGCAAGAUACCUCGUACAGCGUCAACGCGUGGUACAGUUAUGGCGCUCUGAAGCACAUCAUCGAGGGUCUGCCUGAUGGAAUGCCGCGUCGUAGCGGCCCCUUCUUUGGACGCAUUCUCUUUACCAUCCAGCAGUUUACCAGUGGCUAUAUCUGGCCCCCAACCCUGUCCUGCACUCCCACCUCGAGGUGGCCGUGCAUCCAGAUCUGGCCGGAGCGCGUGGAGAAGGACUUUAUGGCUUGA